AUGGCACAGAGUUAUUCAGCGGCUGUGUAUCUGGUGCGGCUCGUGUCGUCUCAGGAUCUGUUGGAUCAGCUCCGCAGGACUGCGGUGGAGCAGCAGGAGCUCUGCAGACGGAGAGUUUCUGAGAAGUUGCGCUCUGAUCCAGAAAAUGAGAUUUCUACUACAGGUCUGCAAGUAUCACUGAUCUGUCCACUGGCAAAGAUGCGUAUGUGCGUUCCCUGUCGAGCUCGAGGCUGCGCUCACCUGCAGUGCUUCGAUGCUUCCUUCUACCUGCAAAUGAACGAGAAGAAGCCCAGGUGGACGUGUCCCGUGUGCCACAGAUACGCUCCGUUUGAUGAGCUGCGGAUCGACAGUUUGCUGUGUGAAGGUUUGGAGAGCUGUGAUGAGGAUGUGGAGGAGAUUGAAUAUCUGUCUGAUAGCAGCUGGAGAGCCGUGAGACACGACAAGAGCGACAAGAAUCUGUUCAACAUCAAACACAGUAAGAUCAGCUGUAUUCAUUUCUCUUUCCUCAUGAUAGAGAGGAAAGGACUGAUCUGAUUCAG